ACUCCUGUGUUGCUAGAUUCGCAAACUCUUGUCAAUGCAGUCGCGCUCUGCCCGCACCCCGCUCACCGCUUAUUUGAUUUUUGAUUUUGACAGUUCGCUUUCGCCUUUUGCCAUGUAUGGUGGGAAAUCGUUUGGGGUGGUUGAAAUAUAUUAGAUUUCUUUAAAAUGUGUUACAGAAAAUUUAAGUAUGAGUUACCAGCAUGAAUCUUAACAUUAUUUUAAGAUUAAGCGUAAUGUUAUUGGUCUCAUGACCAUUUAACUUUUAACUCCUAUCGCGUUAGUACGUAGGGCAAAUGGGUGACGUUGUAAGCUUAUUUUCUGUGAUAAUAAUGAAAUUUAAAUCUAAGUUCAACCAGAGCAAAAUUUAUUUCCAUUACGAUGUACCAUGGGAAAAACUAAAGUCAGUUAAAUGGAUGAACGAGCGAGCUUCUGCUAACAAGGCGUAUGUACCGACGACGGUGGAGAAUGUAGCUAACGUUUGCACGCAUGCUCUCUGCGUAGCGCCGGCAUCGCUGGGCGCACGCGAACUCCUCACGCGGUCCGUAAACGCGCCGCAAGCGAUCGCCGCGGUGGUGUACGGCCUGGCACUAUGCCUGCUGUUCGCCGUCUCCACAACAUUCCAUUCAGUAUGCUGCUGCCGAUCUGAUACUAAAAUGAAGCACUUCCUGCAUCGCUUCGACCGAGCUAUGAUAUACAUCUUCAUCGCGAGUUCCUACUUCCCCUGGCUGACGGUGGGCACGCUGUCCUGCUGGAUGCUGCGUGAGCUGCGCUGGGCCAUCUGGCUGCUGGCCGUGCUCGGCAUCACCUACCAGCAGAUCUUCCACGAGCGGUACAAGAUGCUCGAACUCCUCCUCUACUUGGUCAUGGGCUUGGGUCCGGCGGCCAUCAUUGUCACGUCAAAUCACCACUUCCCAGCGAUGCACGACCUCAAGGUGGGCGGGAUGCUGUACCUGGCCGGCGUGUUCUUCUUCAAAUCUGACGGGCGCAUACCCUUUGCUCACGCCAUAUGGCAUAUAUUCGUGGCCCUCGCCGCUAGCGUGCACUAUCUAGCAAUACUCCGACAUCUCUUCCCAGAACUAAAAUCUCAAUAAAGACUGCCCCAUUAAUCUAUUCAAACUCGAUUAACCGAGAGCGUUUUCUCAAGCUAUUUUCGUAUCGCGACUCAACAGCGAGGUCGCGUUUAACACACUUGACAGCUGCAAAAUGUCAGACGUCAAUUGAACUUGGCAGUAAAUGGCGCACUUCCGCCACUAGGGCUUGACAGAAAAACUUCUCAACAAUGUUGAUGUAUAAUAGUAUCCAAUUCCAUUAUCUCGGCUAAGUAUUUUGUAGUCAUAUAAUCUGUAUUGAUGUCUGUUUCUGUAGUUUUUAAUUUAGGUUGUCUGGACCGCAGGGUUUUUAGACUUUUGAACUCGUAGAAAUCUGUUAGACGCACCUUUUUCGUCCACACGACGUUGUUAAAACUUGUACUACUUGUUUUUUUUUGACAUUCCCAUAGUAAUGACUUCAAAACAAUUGUUUUUAGUUAAUUGU